CUUCCGGCGGUGAAAUGUCAAUAUGGCUGACAGGCCGACAUUAAACACCUUCUUUUAAUCGUUAUGGAAUUAUUCUCAAACAGAUUUACGUUAUGCAUAUACUUCGUCAAUUAAUAGAAGAAGAGGAAACGAAUUCAUAUAUUCUUUAUGUUUGUUAAAACUUCACAGCCAUAAUGCUAAAAUACAGCAAUAGAAAUAACGUAUGACUCCAUCACGGCCGUCUGCUGUUCUGCAGUGUGAUUUUGAAGUUUCAGUACACCUGAUAAUUGGAUCAUAAAAUAGGCACUACUUUGCUAUCAAGAUGGUUGUUGGAGUGUUUCCAGCCAUUAAACUGGGUGUUUUGUUUGUCAAACAAAUCAGUAAACCCAUGACGCAAAUGUUUAUCAGAAAUGCAAAAAAUCAUCCUUUCUUUAGAACAUAUUUUAUCAUACCACCUGCUCAAUUCUAUCAUUGGGCGGAAGUAAAGGCUAAAAUGUACUUAAUGAAUCUUGGCAAACCCACAAAGGUUGCAAAAUUAAAUGAAACCAUGGCAAUAGAGCUGGGUGCCAGUUUAUUGGGUGAAAUUAUCAUCUUCAGUGUUGCCGGUGGAUGUCUUAUUUUUGAAUAUACUCGACAAGUAGCUAAGGAAACUAAGAAAGAAGAAGCACGACUAGCUCAGAUGCAGAAAUUCACAGAUGACAUUGAAUCCUUACACCAAACAACUUCGAAACAAGAGGAGGAAAUACGUGAUCUUUUACUUCUCAUUAAUGAAUUAGCAAAACAUACGAAGUGUAAAUUACCGGAUGUGAAAGUGACUACAGAAGAAAACAAAAUAGGCACAUCAUUGGAAAUAUAUAAUACUAUAACUGACAACGCUAAAAGAGAAGAUGUUGAAGCACAUAGAAGUACUGAGAAUCAGUCGCUAAUUCACCGAGCCAUCAUGAGUUUUAAAAAGAAUGUAGAAAGUGAUAAACUUAGUUAAUCAAAUUAACAUGUACAUUCAUUUGUUGAAGUCACAAUGACACAACAGUGUUUUAGGAAGAAUUGAAUAGUUUGCAAAUGUCUAUAAAUGAUUAAAGAAAAGAAUUAAGUUGACUUGAAUGAAGGUGUCCUGUUUUGAGCUCAAAAUCAAGACUAUUUCAAAAUAACUAAUUUUGUAAAAUUCUUAAGUCUAAUUAACUUCUUAGCUUGUAAAGUUAAAAAAUCUAUUUUACAUCACAUAUGAGAAAGAACUUCAUUUUUUAAAUAUGUUUUAAAGAAACAUUUGUUAUAUCAAAUAUUGGAUUUAUUAUACCAGUGUUCAGAGUAAGAGUAAUAUUUAUUAAUAUAUUUUUAAUUCUUUUGUUGCUUAUAAAAAAAACUUCAUGGUUAGUAUAGAAGUUCUUUCAAACGAAAACACUGAUGUCUCAAAAGUAGAGUUACUGUAUAAGCCAUCUUUAUACCAUACCUUUUGUAAAUAGUUCAUAUACAUAAAAGUAUGUAAGUAACAUUGAACACAUAUUGAUCAACACCAAUAAAAAUAUAAAGCAUAUAUUAGAGUACGUACAGAAC